AACGUGGAAUCGUAAAACUGAGAUGCGAUUUUCUUCCACACGGCCAUUCACCAGUCUUCGAAAUCAACGACUUGGAUAUAUACACCAGUAUAUCCAUCCGCGACGGCUCUCUUCUCUCCACCAGCAGUCAGAAAGUAGCCCUGGUCAGGAUUUUGGGGACUACUCUAUCAUAUUACCACCAGAGCCUUUCAUUUGGGGCGUAUCACAUAUAACGCCACGAAAUGUUCCAGCGAGCAUCCGACAUCCAUCCUAUGCAACUGAUCCGGAGCUAUCGCGGUUUUGCUUGGAGCCCGAUUCUUGGAAAGAACAAUUUCAUGGAGAUGGGAGGAUACAACUUGGUGGCGAGGAAGAAGAGUGUCUGCGCCGGGCUGCACAUCUUGCGAGGGACGUAUUGGGGUAUGCUGGGUCAUUAGUUCGAUCUGGAAUUACUACCAACGCAAUAGAUGCAGCUGUGCACGAAUAUAUACUAUCGCGUGGUGCUUAUCCCUCUCCCCUUCUUUAUGCAGGCUUUCCUCGUUCGUGCUGCACAAGCGUGAAUAAUGUAGUUGUGCACGGCAUACCUGACGACCGUCCCCUUGAAUCAGGCGAUAUUGUGAACAUUGAUAUCACAGUGUACUUAAAUGGAUAUCACGGAGACACAUCAAUGACUUUCGAAGUUGGUAAUGUGGAUUCGCAGGGUCAAGCUUUGAUUCGACAGACAACGCUCGCGCUUGAAGCAGGCAUCCGCAUGUGUGGGCCUGGACAGCCAUUCAGUGGCAUUGGGAAAGCAAUCUGGGAGUGUGUCAAUGGCGUUCGGUCUGUACAAGACCCACAUGAUAUCAGUAGUGGAGAUUUGGACAAAUCAAGCACUUCCUACCUAUCAUCUUCUCCAGAACAAACUUACUCGAUUUGCCAAGCUUUCUCGGGGCAUGGUAUUGGUCGCGACUUUCAUAGGACGCCAUGGAUAUACCAUACGCCGAAUGAAGAACCUGGUGUGAUGCGCUCGGGGCAUUGUUUUACGAUUGAGCCUGCAAUUAUCCAGGGACCCAACGCUAGCACUUGGAUAUUUCCAGAUGGCUGGACUGCAUCUACCGAAAACUGCGCACGCAGUGCCCAAGCCGAACACAUGAUUCUCAUUACGGAGGACGGCGCAGAGGUACUUACGCGAUAGUGAGAACAGCGUUUCACUGUAUUCUAUAUCGGUAUUGUCGUCGUAGGGAGCAUCAUCUGCUGGAUUAGGAUGAAGGACAAGUGAUACUAUCCGAAACGGUGAAAUAUUUCGUACUAAGGUGAUGGCAGUCUUCACGUGAUUUUGAGUGCUGAUAUUUGUUGGGACGCUACAGCGUGAUGUCCCAGAGUUCAUAUAUCACUGCGGCCAAGGCCUUUCAUACGAGUGAUCUUUACAGCCUCCUAUUACAAUAUCUCGAAUCCCAACUCCUCACCAAGAUACCAACUGGUUUUGUCGCAUUUUAAUCUGGCGGACGGCAUACUGUCCAAGGCAUCGCUUGGCGGUAUAUAAACAGUGAUCUUGUCUUUAUAUCCCAUGGAGUUCUCCCGACAGAUUCUCAGUCACAUCAGAGAUCAACCACGCAUGCCUAUGCCACGGGUCAUCAGGCUCUUAACCAUUAAAACAUGCAUAUGCUAGCUGGCAUGCAUCCAUAUCACAGAAAACAUCAGUGCUGUCCUAGGAGCUCGUGUAAUAACAUUUAUGUAUACAUUCUGCACACGAGCUAAUAUGUUACUUUUGUACUAUCUGGAUAUUUGCCUGGGGA